AUGGUGGUCAAUGGCUCAGCAUAUCGGUGUUACAUUAUGGAUUCUGAAGUAACGGCUGCGAGAAAUGAGCGAGAACGACUUCUUACCGAGGCCUUGAACAACUUGGCGCAUGUUAUGGCCAAUCAGGGAGGCGGUGGAGGAGUAACUAUGUACCAUGGGUUAGAUCGCUUUCACAGGAACAACCCACCUACUUUCAAAAGGGGUUAUGAUCCUGAGGGUGCUGAGGCUUGGUUGAGGGAUUUUGAGAAGAUCUUUCGGGUGAUGGAGUGUCAGGACCAUCAGAAGGUGAUGUUUUCUACUCACAUGCUAGCAGAUGAGGCGGAGUACUGGUGGGAGAACACUCGCCCACGUCUAGAGGGAGCAGGUGGUGUUGUUGUCCAAUGGGAGACUUUCAGACAAACUUUUCUAGAGAAGUAUUUUCCAGAAGAUGUGAAGAAUAGGAAGGAGAUGGAGUUUCUCGAGCUAAAACAGGAAAGUAUGACGGUGGCAGAGUAUGCGGCGAGGUUUGAGAACCUUGUAAGGUAUUUUCCUCAUUAUCAGGGGGAAGCUAGGGAGAAGUCCAAAUGUGUGAAAUUUGUCAAUGGCCUUCGACCAGAAGUAAAGAUGAUGCGGGAAAAGGCUGCUUUUUACAGGAAUGUCAAUGCUAGUCAUGGGAAAGAGAAGAAGCACGUGACUCACAAUCGUGCUAAGCCAUAUUCUGCCCCUCCCGGGAAAUAUGGAAACCAUUAUGGAGGACAAAGGACCAGUGGAGGACUUCAACCAGUUGGUGGGAGUUCUCAGCCAAUUAACAGGGUGUCUCAGCCUGCGGGUAGAGGUAGUGGUGCUCAUGCUAUUGUUACUACACCACUCAGGUGUGGGAAGUGUGGUCGGCUUGGGCAUAUUGCUCGUGAGUGCAGAGAUAGAGAGGUGACUUGCUUUAACUACCAAGGUAAAGGCCACCUCAGUACCAGUUGCCCAUAUCCAAGGAGGGAGAAGAGGAGUGGAAGUUAG